UUUUUUGCGCAGCCACAGCCAAUUGAUCCGAUGUUGAAGCAGUGUAUGGGCAAUUUCUUGGCGUCAUUGGAAGAUCCCGAUCUCAAUGUUAGAAGAGUUUCUUUGGUUGCUUUCAAUUCAGCGGCUCAUAACAAACCGAUGCUGAUACGUGAUCUUCUCGACACAGUUUUACCGAAGCUUUACACUGAAACAAUGAUAAAGAAAGAAUUAAUCAGAGAAGUUGAAAUGGGACCGUUCAAACACACAGUGGAUGAUGGUUUAGAUCUGAGAAAAGCAGCGUUUGAAUGUAUGUAUACAUUAUUGGAUUCCUGUCUCGAUCGAAUCGAUGUUUUCGAAUUUUUGAACUACGUGGAGAAUGGUUUGAGAGACCAUUACGAUAUAAAAAUGUUGACUUACCUCAUGACAGCACGCUUAGCCCAACUGUGCCCUACAGCCGUACUACAAAGAUUAGAAAGACUUGUAGAACCCUUAAAGAGUACUUGCACCAUGAAAGUGAAGGCGAACUCUGUCAAGCAGGAAUAUGAGAAACAAGACGAAUUAAAGCGUUCUGCAUUGCGAGCCGUUGCUGCUUUACUCACAAUUUCUGAUGCUGACAAGAAUCCAGCACUAAAUGAAUUUGUGUCUCAAAUCAAGGCAACAGUUGAACUUCAACCUUUGUUCGAUAUGAUUCAAAAAGAUUGUUCGGGUAACAAUAUUAACGAAACGAAUGUUAUGGAUCAGAGUUAAAAGGGACUAUUUAAACCUUUUUAAUUUAAUAACGCUGCUAAAGAUACAUAAUUUAUGUUUUUUUUCUAUAUAUUAUUUUUUAAUAUCACUUCUUAAAUAAGCGUAGUUCAGAUUUAAUAUGAUUUCAUGUAAGGCACCAUGUAUAAAUUUGAAAAUAAAUUCAUCGGAUCGUAAGUA